ACCGCGUGUGUUGAAGCGAAGAGACAACCGUGUGCAAGACGUCUCCAUGCUGCGAUGUUUGUUUACAAAUCUUUGCAGUGAUUUAUUUUGUAGGUCAUCACCCUAUGGAAAGUGGAUCGGCCGCCGAAAUCUAACUCGAGCUGGAUUUUUCUACUCCACUCAGGCCACGAAAAUGGAUCUGAUGUCUGCUGCGGAUAAACGGUAUCAAAGAGCUAUUUGUGCUUUAAAUCAUCUCCAGUCCAACCUUCAGAAUUUGGCCAUCAAAGAUGAUCUGCAUAAAAACAAGAUUCAGUCAACUCUCAAAUAUGUGGAAAGAGUUGGUCUGACGCUUGAUGACAUUGACAAGCUGUCAGUCAUCCAUGUCAGUGGUACAAAAGGGAAGGGAUCAACUUGCGCCAUGUCUGAAAGCAUUCUCCGUCACCAUGGAUACAAGACUGGCUUUUUCAGCUCGCCACAUUUAGUAGAAGUUCGUGAACGGAUACAAAUAAACGGACAGCCAAUCAGCAGAGACAUGUUCAGCUCGUAUUUCUGGGAGGUGCACGACAGAUUGACACAAACAGCAUCUCUCCACAACAAUGAGAUGCCUUUCUACUUUGCCUUCCUGACAAUCAUGGCCUUUCACGUUUUCAUCAAGGAGAAUGUUGACGUUGCAAUCAUGGAGGUGGGAAUAGGCGGGGAGUAUGAUACCACUAAUGUGAUCCGCAAACCCAUAGUGUGUGGAGUGACCUCCCUUGGCCUGGACCACAUCAGUGUCCUGGGUGACACGAUCGAGAAGAUAGCCUGGCAGAAAGGAGGGAUUUUUAAGGCUGGGGUACCAGCAGUGACAGUCCCACAGGAGCCAUCAGCUCUGCAUGUCCUUUUAGACAGGUCUGAAGAAAUCAGGGUAUGUUCUCUUUACUUGACCCCAGAGUUCAAAGGUCAUAGGAUAAAAUCGGAAGAUCCAAACUUCAAAUUAGGAUUGAUGGGCCGAGUUCAAGAAAAAAAUGCCGCUCUUGCUCUACAGUUAUGUAAUAUAUGGCUGGCCCAUAGAAAUAAAGAAAAAACUUACCAUGAGAUGGCUAAACCUUUGCCACAUGUGGAAAUUAAAGAUAUCCCAGUAUUGGAUGCUUACCCUGUUGAUGCAGAGUCCAAAAAAGGGUUACAGACAUGUUCAUGGAGAGGGCGUAACCAGAUACUGACUAAACCGGAGGUAACCUAUUACAUCGAUGGAGCGCACACAAAGGAAAGCUUAGAGCAAUGUAUACAUUGGUUUCAAGAGGUGGCGUCCAGUGAGGCCCGUCAUAUAACUGGAAAGGUUGUGAAAAUCUUGCUGUUCAACAUGACUGGUGACAGAGAUAUCAGUGCUAGACUUACCCAGCUAAAGAGUAUCCUGUCUAACUACACUUUGUCAUCAAAUAAAUCUCAAAGCUGUGCCUUCGAUCACGUGGUGUUCUCUCCAAAUUCUCUGUACAAGGACAUCUCCACACCAGAUUUAACCAAAACUUCUGUCACUCAGGAGAAUCAACUGAACCGUUGUUGCUACAUGAAAGAAAUAUGGGACGAAAGACCAACAAAACUACAUCAUCAAACCUCUGCCAACAGCCAACAACAGCUCCAGUUUAUCGAGGACUUGGGUCAACUUCCUGUUGUCCCUGUGGAGCUGGAAACCCUUGAUACUGCGCCCAACUCACAGGAGACCCAAAACUCCGACAAUAUACCUUCGUCUGUGAUAACAUGCCUGUCUGAGGCCCUUCAGUGGACCACUCAGGGGCGGGACCCAGCGUUGCCAAGACGACAGGCCACACUCAUCAUUCCAGGUUACCUCCAGAAAGCCAGUCACAUUCAGAUCCUUGUGACUGGGAGUAUACAUUUAGUGGGCGGAGUAUUGAAACUGAUUGAAUCAGUGAAUAGCCCCGCCUCCUAGUAAGGCAACAUAGGGCUUACUAGCUCCUUGUAGUAAAAAAAAAUAUAUAUAUGUGUGUGUUGUAUCUGUCAAAAAUUUUGCCUAAACAGAUUACACGUGUAUUACAAUAUGUAGACAAAAUAUUGCAUUGACCUCAGAGAAUAGCAGCUAUAGUUAAACAUAUAUACUUAUUUAUUUAUUCAUUUGAUCGGUGUUUUACGCCGUACUCAAGAAUAUUUCACUUACACGACGGCAGCCAGCAUUAUGGUGAGAGCAAACCAAGCAGAGCCAAGGGGAAACCCACGGCUAUCUGCAUGCCGCUGGCAGACCUUCCCACGCACGGUUGGAGAGGAAACCAGCAUGAGCUAGACUUGAACUCACAGUGACCGCAUUGGUGAGAGGCUCCUAUGUAAUGGCGAUGUGCUGACGUGCUAACCCUCUCAGCCACAGAGACCCCCCGUUAACUCUUUUUUAAAUCAACACACGGAACAAGCCUCCAAUGCAUGACAUUCUACUGUUUCAAACAGAUUAAUUGGAGGGAAAAAUCACUUUGCGUGCGCAAAAAAUUAUCGCAGGCGCACUGAAUGGUUUGCAAUGAGAAAGACUUGUAUCGAGCAGUUAACAAGGCAAAACGUACCUCGCUAGACAGAAGAGUUCUUAAAUGCUUAUAACUCGUCAGUAUAAUUUAAUCGUACAACAAUUAAGUCAUAAAAAUAUUACUUUUUGUUUAGAAACUUACAUUUCUACCAGGUCAUCCUACCUUCCAAACAAACCUUAAAACACUUCUCUAUGAUCUUAAGAAUCCUCAGAAUCCAGCAAAUCAGAUAACAAAAUCAUUUUGUCUCUAUGCGAUUGAGUGAAAUCAGUAUUCAAAUCAUGUAUCAUGCUAGAAUAGAAGUUGUCGGUAACAAAGUGUAUCAGCUGCACUUUGAAUGCAACUGUUGAUACAUCGGGCGAUUCAAUUCAUCACGAUGAAUAUACUGACCCUAACCCCGGGCUAAGCGGAAUUAAACACGUACCUUUAUAAUGGCCUCUUUUCCUGAUCAUUUGUCUCUCAAUCUUUGAUAUGGUAUAAAUCAUAUGACACUGUAAACGAUACUGAACAGAGAGGUAUUGUGCCCCUGCUGUGAACGUAGCAUAGAUUUCAGAACUCUGCUUAACUGUGGAACCGUCGACUGUCUCUACACAGUAAAUUCUGCCUAGUUUUUACAACACGGCCUAAAAUGGUACAGUUUUCGUAGAAAAGACGAUUUCUCUUUAACACUUGUAGUCAGUUUGACCUAACACGUACCAAUUGUACAAUUAGCCAUUGAAAAAAUCCUAUUUAUUCUAGUGACCUUUGUCAGUUGUUUUUUUUUCCAAGGUCGUUGCAUUUACAUAAGUUAUGUUUAGCGACAAGCUUGUAAACAAAAUGUCCCUCUGAAGUCUUGAAGCAAGUUUAUUAAAAUUUGUACCUAGGCGUGCAGAAAAGCACUAUGCUUCUUUAUCAUUGACCUUGAACUAGUUUCCAAGGUUGAUUAGCCUGAGCCGCCAUGUUCCCCUUGCAACUUUGCUCAUUACCGAUGUGUAUCUAGUGCGUUGCGCUGUGUUUUUCGAUCCUUUUAACCAGUUUUGUGUGGACAGUGUCUUGCUGUGUGAACACCACAAGCAGAAAUUAGUUGGUUUUCAGAUAGGUUAAUGUAACAGUUUGCAAAAUGAAAUACGUUGGAACACUAAGGGAUUGUUCCACAAAUUCCAUGUAAAUCUCGAAGAUUCAGUCGAAAGUUAUCUGUACAGGAAAGAUCGUUAACGUGAUUAAAAAAAGAAUACUGCCGAAUAAUGUAUAAUUUAUGUCCUUCGAGAAAUUAUCAGAAAUAAUAAAUAUAAAAAAUAAAAAAAGUCAGGUGGCAAAAGUUGGUUGAAAUUCAGCUGUCUUUCCUGAACACGCUUCUUGUGGCAUUUUAUUUAUUGAGGAACACACCUCCUUUAGUUUGGUUCACACCAAAUAAUACGCGUUUGGAACACUGUAUAAAAUACAAGAUUAAGACCCGACAAUCUGUAUGCUUUUGUACAGUCCGGUAUAACUUGGUGAGCGUCGUAGUUGGUGGCUACGACAUGGCAUUCCAGUGAGGCAGCACUGCACUAUGUCGACGUAGUUUCCGGCCUGCACUAAACGUGAACGUUUUGCAACAUUGCCCGGCCUUACGAUUGGAACCCAUUUUACGGUGCAGCAGCAACUUAUGGCAGGUUUAACUUCAACAACAACAUAGAGUAUAAAGAAAUAUCAUUCUAGCCCGAUUCCAUUUUGCAGAAUUCCAAAGUCUUCACGAAGAUUUUCUGUCCCUUCCAGCCUCAGGUUUCCCAAGUGUUGUAAGGGCUUCAGGGAGUGGAAGGGCUGAAAUUGUGUGGACGGAAGAUAUAUUCAAGAAGAAUAUGUAGUUAUUUAUUUGAUUGGUGUUGUACGUCGUACUCAAGAUGUCAUUUAUAUCACGGCUGACAGACCUUUCCACGCAAUACCGAAAAGGAAGCUAGCGUCUGCCAGAUGUAGACUUGAACUCAUAGCGGCCACAUGUAAUGGUAAGACGUUCCUGCAUGAGUCAUUGUCCCGAGCUGGCACACUGACCACUCGGCCUUAUAUGUCUCUCUGUAGAGGAAGAAAACAAAUUUUAUGUCAUUUUGUAAAGUGUCAUUAAGCAUUGAAUAUCAGUCGUUUAAAAAAAAACGUCAUUUCGACGCAAUAUGAACAACUCGUAUUCUGUGUAAUAAGUCGUGCUGGAAAUACCCAACUUCCGUCAGGUCGUACUCAGACCCGGAUAAAAUAUCCCAAGAGAUGGUCAAGCCACAAAGAAAUGAUUAUUUACAUUGAUUAAAUCAAUAUGUAAGUUACUUUUUACUAUUCUUUUGAU